AUGUACGAUCAAGGAGGUCAUAACGUGACAUUAGAUAGUCAGGAUGCCAUGAAAUUCAUACAGAUCACUAGCGAUCAUGCCAUACAACAGGUCCUGCGAAUUGGACCUGGCCUGGCCGCUGAUGGUAUGUUGACGCAGGCAUCAUUGUUGGUUCAGUGUGCAUACGGUGCCAGGGACAAAUAUCCCACAGAAGGGGAUUGGCCCACUGAGGAUAGGACAUGGCAUUCCAUUAAGGAGGCCAUCCAAUUAUUAAAGGAAUUGGCUAUGAAGCAUGCGAUAUAUAAUGGACACCUGUAUGCCCCAUAUCGCGAGCUACUAACCAAUGCCAUGAGAAACUAUUUGAUACGUGGGGCUCCCCGAGCAUACAAGUCGGUAAUCAUGACGUUACUGAUAAAUCAGACAGGGAAUCCCAUUUAUGAGGUAAUGGAUGCAAUAAGACAAAUAGGGGAGCUAGGGGAAUGGGAUGCCCCAGUAAAGCCUGAUAAAGGCAGCGGGCCGCCCCCUCCUAGAGCCAAUGCUCCUCCCCGACUGUCAAGGAAAGAGAUGUUCACAGAACUCCUCAAAGCAGGGGUAAAGAAGGAACAAAUAGAUGGGAUAGAAACUAAGGAAAUGUGGAAGUUAUAUCAGCAGCAUGUGGGCAAAAGGAUAAAUGUGCAAAAGGGAAAGUCCGGUGACCUCAUAACAGGUACCGCAGUCGCCCCUUCUGCCCCCACGCUAGAUGAUAUACAAAGGGCUACCACAGGGGAAAGCAAAGAGACCAGGGAGAUACUGCAGCUGAUAUGUGAUCAGUUGGAAAGUAUAAAAAAGGAUAGUAAAGAAGCAGCAAAUAAGACCCGGUUAUAUCCUAGAUUGCCUUUGCCUCUGGGAUAUGGUUACCAGGGAGGGAUGAGAGAGAAUCAGGUCCCCAUGGCCCCGGAUAACACCCCAGAGGCCCCAGGACCUGAGUUGGAUGUGUUAUCUGUCCCAGUGGCCUUGAAGAGGGUAUACAUUCGACAAUACCGAAUACCGGGAGGGCAUAAAGAGAUAGGUGACACUAUCAAAGAUCUAAUAGCUGCAGGGGUGGUGAGACCUAUCACCACAUCUUGGAAUAAUCCCGUUUGGCCGGUCAAGAAAAGUGAUGGGACCUGGCGUAUGACUGUGGAUUAUAGGGAGUUAAAUAGUAAUACUCCCCCAUUAACUGCAGCAGUACCAGAUAUGGUUACGCUGAUAGAAAAUAUACAGCGUCACCCUGGAAAUAUGUAUGCAGUCAUUGACCUGACAAAUGCCUUCUAUACAAUACCUAUAGAGGAGCAGUGCCAAGAGCAAUUCGCAUACACCUGGCAGGGACGGCAAUUCACGUUCACGCGCCUCCCAAUGGGCUAUGUCCAUAGCCCCACGAUCUGCCACAGGAUUGUGGCAGAACACAUGGAGGAAGUUACUCUGCCCCCCAACGUGCAGGUCACACAUUAUAUAGAUGAUAUAAUGAUACAGGGACCUGAUGAGCAAGUAGUGCAACAAGUGUUAGAACAGGUGAUAACCCACUUAAAGAAGAAGGGGUGGGAAAUCAACCCUGACAAAAUACAAGGGCCAGGAACCUCAGUACGAUUCCUGGGUAUACAGUGGACAAAUGGCCAUAGGGAAAUAACCCCUAAAGCCAAGCAGAAAAUAGUGGAAUUCACAUCCCCUAAAACCAAAAAGGAAGCCCAGCGCUUCAUUGGGUUAUUUGGCUUUUGGCGGCAGCAUAUACCCCACCUGAGCCAAAUACUAGCCCCCAUCUACAAGGUUACCAGGAAAAAGUAUAGCUUUGAGUGGGGGUCUAAGGAGGAGUUGGCUUUUGAAACUGCAAAACAGGCCAUCCAAAUGGCGAUGGAUCUGUGGCCAGUAAAGGAAGGGCCAAUAGAUUUAAAUGUGUCUGUCCACAAGGAACAUGCUAAUUGGAGCCUUUGGCAGAAACAAGGGAGAGGGAAAGUCCCCCUUGGUUUCUGGACUAGGAAAUUGCCUGAGGCAGGUGACCGAUACACGCCCUUUGAGCGCCAGUUAUGUGCUUGCUACUGGGCUUUAGUAGAAACAGAGGAGCUAACGUUAGGGCAUGAUGUAUUCUUGAGGCCUGAGAUUCCCAUAAUGAACUGGGUAAUGGGCAGUCCUAAGACCCAUAAGAUUGGACAUGCUCAGGAAUCAAGCAUCAUAAAAUGGAAAUGGUACAUACAGAACAGGGCAAAGACAGGUCCCAAAGGGGUUGCCGCACUGCAUGAAAAGGUUGCUGAGCAACCCCUCCAGGGGACAGCCCCCAUUCAGGAGACACCAACAGAGGAGUCUCUAGUAAAAUGGGGUGUGCCAUAUGAUCAACUGUCAGAAGAACAGCAAGCCCAUGCUUGGUUCACUGACGGAUCAGCAAAAUAUGUGGGUUCACAGAGGAGUUGGAAAGCAGUAGCCUACAAUCCUGUGACCAAACAGAUGCUGGUGUCUACAGGGAAAAAUGAAAGUAGCCAAUACGCUGAGUUAGUUGCUGUCCAUCAGGCCAUAGCCUGUGAACAGGGCGAAUGCCACGUAUACACCGACUCAUGGUCAGUGGCAAAUGGGCUAGCCACCUGGCUCCCCACCUGGGAACGAAAAGACUACCAGAUAUACUCAAAGGAGGUGUGGGGGAAGCAGAUAUGGCAGGAACUCAGCAGAUUGGUUAAGGAAAAGACAGUGACUAUUUACCAUGUAGAUGCCCACACAAAUCAGGAUUCACUAGAACGGCUGUUCAAUUCUAUUGCAGAUGAGGCAGCCAAAGUCUCCACUGUGGAAAGUGAGGAUGUGGAUGAGGAGGCUGACAAUAAGGGUGUGGCCCAGUGGGCCCACCAAAAAAGUGGACACCUUGGAGAGAGAGCGACUCAUAGGUGGGCAUUGCAAAGGGGUAUCAAGCUAUCUAUGGAAGUAAUAAAAACAGAGAUAGCAAAUUGUCCUGUAUGUCAGCAUGUCAGGAAGCGACAGAUUCCUGGCAUGGUGCAAGGACAUAUCAAAAGAGGCAAGCUGCCGGGCCAGAUCUGGCAGAUAGAUUUCAUAGGACCUCUUCCCUCCAGCAAGGGCUGCCAGUACGUGUGCACGGCUGUGGACACGUACUCAGGCUACCUCAUAGCCCACCCAUGUAAGCAAGCAACUCAGAUAAACACCAUUAAGACCCUAGAGUUAAUCACAAAAUUCUAUGGCACUCCAUUGCAGAUACAGAGUGAUAAUGGUACUCAUUUUACAGGACACAUGGUACAGGGAUAUAGUGCAGAAAGGUACAUACAAUGGAUAUACCAUAUACCCUAUUAUCCCCAAGCAGCAGGAUUAAUUGAGCGAAUGAAUGGUUUGCUAAAGCAGCAGUUAAAGAAGCUAGGGGAUGGUACCUUGCAGAAGUGGAGGGACCAUCUUGAGGAAGCAAUUAAUGUUUUAAAUAACCGUCCUAUUACAGAUAGUGAGACCCCACUGUCUAGGAUGAUAAGCAGACAGGAGUACACCGAGUGUCGAGAUCAACAUGCUGUGGUAACGUGUUGGGAAACUAGCCCUGGGGGUUUAGCGCCAGAUAAAUUGCUCCCUCCUAGUGGCGGGAUAUACUUGACCAUCCAGGACCAGGUAACAAUAUCCCCUGAGAGCUCCCAAACCAUAUCAACAGGGAUAGGGGUCCAAAUACCUGACAAACAUGUGGGUUUCAUAGUUCCAAUGCCCUCUCUCAUAGUCAGAGGUAUUAGCAUAGUGGAGAAAACUCUAGACCCUGGAAAGACUGAGGAAGUGAAGCUCACCCUCCUCAAUCGAGGAAAGGAACAGGGAGACAUGUCAGCAUUAGAAGUAGUGGCAAAGCUUAUAGUUACUCCUACCUGCAACAGUGAGAUAGCGGAACAGGAAACUGCAGAAACUAGGGGAAGGGUGGGCAUAGGGGCUAAGGUCUGGUUGAAACAAGAAAAGCCCCCCCCCGUGCCUGCAGAGGUGAUAGCUAAGGGAGAUGACAAUGUGGUAAUUGUGAUUCUUGUUGGCAUGGCUGCUAUUGUAACCGGUGCUCUGUUGGGACUCCUUUUGGCCGCAUGCGUUAACUAUACUGUGAACAGAAGUUGCUCCUUAGCCUUUUAUGAGAGAUUCACUCUCCAAACUAAAUAUACCUUAAAGUUCCAGUCACCUCCACUUCCAAGUACUGUGACAAUAAUUCUUACAUCGGAACCGGCUGCAGGUUACUUCGCCAUUCUCCUCCUGAGCAAUCCUCAGCUACCCGCAUCUACUCCUAGUGCCGCUGGGAAGCAACCUGCUCAUAACACAGAGUCACACUCUGCAGCACCUCUCCUCUUCCACACGCUGUUUGAACUCACACGCUGCAUCGGCAGCACGCCUGUAAACAGCGCGCUCUGCAGCACCUCACCUCUCCCACACGCUGUGUGCAUCACGCUUCUUUGGCAGCAUGCCAUACCCCACGCUGAGAUCGAGGUUAACAAACACCACUCGAUACCUCCUCACAGAACCAUACGGAACCGCAAGUAUAAAUUGCCAGACAGUACUUAUAUGAACUUAACUAUUAUUCUCCUGUUGAAACCGGAACGCUACUGGGAUUCUUAUGAAUGUCCUUGA